AUGCCACGCGAGGUGCCGUGCGAGGCUUCGGGCCAGGCCAUCCCGCGCCGCGUGGGACGGGGGUUUCUUGGGAUGGCGUCACCGGAGCCGCCUCCGUCGCUUCGCGCCGCGCGGACGUACGUACCGAGCAAAUCCGCAGCUUGGCAUGAGAAACCCGUUCGCGACAAUGCCUCCCCGUCUGCCCCCGAGCAGCGAUACCUCUUCGACAUCUCCAGCCUGCCCGAGGCAGAGGAGGUGACGGGCGCGGAGCUACGGGUCCUGCGUGCCCUCCCCGAAAACCGGAGCUUGGCCCUGUCCCCUGAAGGCACCUUCCACCACCUCCUCCUCUUCACCUGCCCAAGCCGGGACGGCGAAGAACCCCGGCUGCUGGACUCCAGGGCUGCAGACAUUUUGGACGCGGGCUCCUCCAGAUGGGAGGCUUUUGAUGUCUGGGAAGCCCUGCGGGAUCGGAGGGAGAGGUCUCUCUCAGGCAAGCUGCUGUGCUUUCUGCUGAGGAUCGUCUCGGAUCAGUCGGGGCGGCUCCUGCCCCCCCGGCAGCUGGGGUUCAGCAAACCCCGGCCGCAGCCCCACGAGCGAGCCCUGCUCGUGGCCUUCUCCCGCACCCAGAGGAAGGAGAACCUCUUCAAGGAGAUCCGGGAUAAGAUCAAGGCCCUGGGCAGCCCCCCCUUCCUGGAGCCCCCCGAUCCCGGCCAGGAGGCGUACUCCAAGCGGAGGAAGAGACGGACCACCAUCGCCGCCCGGUCUGGGGGCAGAGGCCAUGGGAAGAAGGCGAAGACCCGCUGCAGCAGGAAGCCCCUGCACGUGAACUUCAAGGAGCUGGGCUGGGACGACUGGAUAAUCGCCCCCCUGGAUUACGAGGCGUAUCACUGCGAGGGGGUCUGCGACUUUCCCCUGCGCUCGCACCUGGAGCCCACCAACCACGCCAUCAUCCAGACCCUGAUGAACUCCAUGGACCCGGAGUCCACCCCCCCCAGCUGCUGCGUGCCCUCCAAGCUCAGCCCCAUCAGCAUCCUCUACAUAGACUCCGGGAACAAUGUGGUUUACAAACAGUACGAGGACAUGGUCGUGGAGACGUGCGGCUGCAGGUAG